UAUAAACAUGCAAAAAUCACCAAAACCACAAGAACGCAUUUACAUGGUUUAACCCAAAAAUUGACCUAUAUUCACGACAGGAACUCACCUUCGAAGACGCUUUAUUAAAGACGGUGGAAAUAAAUAUAUGUACACAAAUUUACCAUCAUGCCUUACCAAUCUCCUCGAAGAAAGUCUAGUGACACAAGAACUCAAGAACAACCCAAGAAAGUCUAGUGACAUGAUUGCUGAGAAGCUUAACAUUGCAGGGUCCAUUGACGCAGUUAAGAUUGGUGCUUCUUCUUCCUUGUAAGGGGGGAGAAAACCUUAUUUGUGUAAGGGAAAAGGUAACGCUUCCCAUGCUAGUUUGGUUAAAACUGGAAAGUCCAUCGAUAAUGGAACUGCCCCUCUUGGGCCUUCGAUCAUUGGUACUUCCUAUGGAAGUGCUUUGGUACAAAAUAAGGAGUUCCAAAAUGUGAAAAGGAUGAAAUGGAACAAGGGAUCUCGGCCUCCUUGAGCUCUUUUGUUCUUGCGUUGUCUUUGUAUUCUAGGUAUGCCCAGUUUUGAUUGUACUUUGUUUCUAGGGUUUUCCUAGUUUUGUUGCUACCUUGUUUGUAAGUUCUGUGCCCUGGGUAUGCCCAGGUUUGAUUGUAUUUGUUUCUAGGUUCUUCCUAGUUGUGAUUGGGAGCUGUGGCCUCCCUGCCCAGUGUAUGUGUCAGAUUUAUCUGUACAUAUCCCUUUGAUCAAUAUACAUUUACCCCUUUUGAUCAAAAAAAGAACAACCCAAGAAAACCCCUUUUCGCACCUGCGAAGAGCUCUAGGCUUCUUCCUAUAUUCCUUCUUAAUUUCCCCAAAAGAAACCCCCCCUAAGACCUAGAUCUGUGUUUACCUUCCCCCUACCUAUGCGUGAACCUUCCCUGGAAGCUAGAGACCCCCAACGCCGAACCCUCCUCCUACCGUAUCCCUCUCUCUCGCACAACGGUUGAAAGCUAUCUCUUGGCCGAUGAAGACUCUCAGGUUCUCAAGCAAGAAGUCUCAGCUAAAAUCUGUUCUGAAGCAGAAAAAUAAACCCACGGGCUUGCUGUUUCUAUUUUACAAAUAAAAAAGUAAAUUACAUCAAUGCCCCCCAACGCAAAACACACACAACAGUCAUUGGAUCUCUACAUCAGAUGGAUGGCUUGGAUCCAUGCUUGACACUCCAACACAAAACUUGGAUGCAAGUUGGUGCUCAAAGAUGCGAUACAUGUACCUGACAUUCGGCUAAAUUUGAUAUCUAUCGAAAAGCUUGAUGAUGAAGGGUUUGACAAUCAUUUUGGUGAUGGAAAAUGGGAGCUUGCAAAGGGUGGUGGUGGCUAAUGGUAAGAAGACUAGUACACUUUGCAUGAUGUAAGUUAAAAUUGGUAAUAAUAUUGUAAAUGCAAUUGAGAGUCACUCUUCCACCGAUUUGUGGCAUAAGCAACUUUGGCACAUGAGUGAAAAAUGAAUGCAACUUUUGUUCAAAAAGAAGCUUUUACCCGAAAUGAAAGGUACUCCUCUUAAAACUUGUGUUCAUUGUUUGGUCGGUAAGUAAUAUAGUGCUCCUUUUCGUACAAAAUUUGUUACUAAAAAAAUCUAAUGUUCCGAUGUAUGUGAUCCUUUGAAAGUUAAGUCUCGUGGUGGUACACUUUAUUUUGUUAUUUUUAUUGAUGAUUGUUCAAAAAAGGUUUGGACUUACACUUUAAAAACCAAUUUGCAUCGUUAGAUGAUGAAUUUGGGGUUGUGAAUGUGCAUGUUCCCCGUAUGGAGAAAAUUUGAACGCGUCUCAUAAUUUUUUUUUAAUCAAAUUUCCAACUCAAUAUCCUUCAACGAAAGCUAUCCUUCGAAAUUAAUUAAAUAGCCUGGAUGUAUUUUGGUUAAAUAACCAAUUAACCAGUUAAAUAACCAAUUAACCAAUAUAUGUAAUUGUACUAAACAUAACUUCUCAUACAUGGACCACACAUGACUACAUUGUACCACAUAAAAUCAUCAUUUUUUUUUAAUUAUUAAUACUAUGUUUAUUUUUUCUGUAAGUAACUAAUACUAUGUUUACGAGAUUCUUAAAAAUUAUGCAUUGUUAAAGUGUCUUGUGAACUAUUUAUAAUAAAAAAACACAUAAAUUAACAAUAAAAAAAUAAUUAUAGUAUUGCUAAUGUGAGAAAAUUUUACACUAAAAAGCACCUAUAUGCCUCAAGGCCUAAGCCAUUACCUAAUAAAUAUCAUGAAUCCAUACAAUCUUACAUUAUACAAUUUUAUUAAAUACAACAUGACAACUAAUGGGCCCUAUGACAUCAUUGUCAUAAAUUAUGAAAAUAAAAAAUAAAAAAUAAAAAUUAAAACAGAAAUUAAAAAUUGAAGACUAGCUGAUUAAUAUUUAUAAAACUAAAAUAAAUAAAAAUUUUAAUUAAAAAAUGCUCAUUUUUGUCAUUAAAUCAAAUACAAAUUAAAAAAAAUGAUUAAAACAAUAAAAGAAAUAUAAUUUUAAAAACACUAUAAUUGAAAUGAAAAUUAUUAUCAUUAUUUUACUUAUUUAAUAUAUUUUAAAAUCCAUGAGAACAACUUAUUGUAUAUGGCAAUUGAGAUGUUGUAAAAAAUAUAUUGUAAAAAACUAUUAUUAUUAUUAUUUCAAUAUUUUAAAUUUAAUUGGAAAAAUUUAUUUUAAUUGUCUUUUAAAUUCACAAGAUCUAUUAAAAAAAAAAGAUAAAAUGAUUCAUUUAAUCCAAAAAAAAAAAAAUUUGGAUAGUAAAAUAGCUUGGCAAUAUGCAAGUUUGUCAAAAAAUCUGAAAUUGUAAAAUUUUAUUUAAUUUUUUCACAAAAAAGUUGAAAUUCAUUAAUUCAAAACAACAAAAAAUUAUUAAUAUAAACAAUUACGUUUAUGUGAUAUGUUUUUUCACUAUUAAGAAAUACAAAUAAAAAAAAUUGAAGAUAUGAAUAAUAUCUAAGAUUAUGUUUAGUUCGCAGUAUAAUUUUUCUUACCAAUGAUACGAAAAAUGAUUAAAAAAAAAACUUGAUAAUAAAGAAAAUAAACAUAAUUUCCUAUUAUUUAUACCAACAUUAAAUUUUAAAAAAGCCAUUUCAUAAUGAAAUUUAUUUCUAACAAUGUUUUCAUAAAAAAAUUCAAAUAGUAAUUUAUUUUGUAAAAAUUAAUAACAUAUUUUCAUACAAAUUACCAAAAUUUUAUGUUAUAAUUAUUAUUUUAAUUAAACCAGCUUUUGUUAACUAACCAAACACGGCUUAGAAAAGCUGGGACCCAGAAGAAUCCAGCGUCAAUCCGCACCUUAUCCGAAACUGCCUCUUAUCAAUCACCGAGAAGACGCGUUUCAACUCCCCGCCUCUUCUCGCGGGCGCAGAAAGGUAACGUCGCCGGCCGGCCGGGAAGAAAACAAUGACGGUAUUCGCCAGACUCUCCUCUCCCAUCUGUUUCCACCUCAAAACCAACCAUAACCCUAACCAUGGCACCAUUUUCUCUCCCAAACCUCACAAAACCUCGAGCAGAAAACCCCUAGCUCCAGCCGCCACCCCGCCGCUCUCCUCGGCCGCCGACGUCUCCUCACUCGCCGCCCCGCUCGCCGUCAUCGGCGGAGGCUCCAUGGCCGCGCUGGCCGCGGCGAUUUCCCUCGCUGAUCCCGAGCGGCGGCGGCGGCUCCAGGCCGAUGAGGUCGGCGGCGGCGACAAGGAGGUCGUGAAGGAGUACUUCAACAACGCGGGAUUCCAGAGGUGGAGGAGAAUCUACGGAGAUGCUGACGAUGUGAACAGAGUACAGCUCGAUAUAAGGCUUGGGCACGCGAAGACCGUCGAGAGUGCUGUGAAGAUGUUGAUGGAAGAAGGGUCGAUUGAAGGUGUUACCGUGUGCGAUGCGGGUUGUGGGACUGGCUCGCUUUCGAUUCCUCUGGCUAAGCGAGGGGCGAUCGUGUCAGCGAGUGAUAUCUCCGCCGCCAUGGUUGCUGAAGCCGAGAAGCAAGCAAGGCUAGAGCUCUCAAUGGGAAAGGAUGACCUUUUACCUGCACCAGUGAUGCCGAAAUUUGAAGCAAGGGACUUGGAGAGUUUAGAUGGAAAGUAUGACACAGUGAUCUGUCUUGAUGUUUUGAUACAUUACCCACAGAACAAUGCAGACAAGAUGAUUGCCCAUCUUGCGUCAUUAGCCAAGAAGCGGUUAAUUCUAAGCUUUGCACCAAAGACAUUGUAUUAUACUUUGUUGAAGAGGGUGGGAGAGCUGUUCCCUGGGCCUUCAAAGGCGACAAGGGCAUAUCUCCAUGCAGAGACAGAUGUGGAGAGGGCAUUGCAAAAUGUUGGGUGGAGGAUAAGGAAGAGAGAUUUCAUCUCUACACAGUUCUACUUUGCAAAGCUGGUUGAGGCUGUCCCUGUGUAGAGUGGAAGAGAGAUUCAAUUUUUGGCUUAGUUCUUCCUGUUUUGUGUUAGACACAGUUAGGAAAUUCCUGAAAUGUGUUGUAAAACCCUAAAUUUGUUGCUAUUUGUUGUUGUAUUUGUAUUUAUGGUUUUAUUCAGUGUAUAUUACAUGUUCAUAUGUUCAACAUGUUAUCAUAUCUUGGCAGAAUUUCCUUGGGUGUGUCUGAACUUUCAUUUGUAAUUCAUAAUAUCAUUUGAUGACAUCAAUCAAUUUCCUAUUUUAAA